AUGGACAGCCCAGCGAGCGAUAUCGAAGGAGUCAUCAAGACGCUCUGCAUGGGAAGCGCCCACGAGCAAGAUGCGGCGCUGAGCAAGUACUUUUUGCCUGAUGCCGAAUUCAUCCACCCCCUCUGCUGGGUCCCGAGAUUUCGCAAUGCUGCGAUUCCUUUUUUCGGAAGCAUCGAUUCGUUGUGGUUGGUCCAAUGCAUCUAUCGGUGGUACAUAACCUUUGCGCCGAGACUGGACAUCGUCGUCGACUCGACUGCGUUCGAUGAGAAGAACAAUCUCCUGUACGCCACGGCGCGACAGAGCUUCACCAUCUGGUUCUUUCCCAUCUAUUCCGUCACCGUAAAGCUCGUAACGGUGCUCAAACUUGAGCAGAAGCACUCCCGGUUGGCCAGUGACGGCAACACUAGCCCGGAGUUGGAGGCCGACGGCGACAAGACCAACGGCGCAUCCAUGCUCAAGUACUUCAUCGCCAGCCAGGAGGACCUGUACCAGAUGAACUACUGCCUCGAAUUUGCGGCACCACAUGUAGCAGCCAGGCUGUGGACGCUGGUGCAGCUCUUUACGACAGCUGUGUGCAUGAUCAUGUCGGUGCUAACUCUGCCGCUGCACGUUUAUCUGAACCCGGACACCAAGAGGCAAAAGGCGAAGCAAUAG